AUGGUUUUGAGAUCGAUAGUCCUGAGGGCACUAGCAAUGUCAGCUCCAGAGUGCACGCCAGCUCAAAAUUGCAUCUUUUGUACGAUUGUUAAUGAAAAUGAUCAGAGUAAAAUAAUCUAUCAGGAUGAUGAUGUAGUUGCAUUUCCUGAUAUAAAACCUGCUGCUGAACAUCAUUAUUUAAUAAUACCUCGCACUCAUCUACCAAAUGCUAAGGAUCUAGAUUCUUCCCAUAAAAGUCUAGUUGAGCACAUGAUAAAAGUUGGAAAUGAUAUCUUAACGGAAAAAAAUGCUGAUCUAUCAAACUCAAGGUUAGGAUUUCAUUGGCCUCCAUUCAAUACCAUUGCACAUCUUCAUUUACAUGCUAUUGCUCCUGUUGAUAAAAUGAGUUUCGUUUCCAAACUUAUUUUCAGGCCAGACUCAUAUUGGUUUGUUUCAGUAAGU